UCCAUGCAGGAGGCCGUCGCAGGCGUAAAGACCAUCACCGAUGCCAACCCCGGCGACAUCUUCAAGUCCGGCGCGGAGAUCCUUCUCGGAGGUUUCGCCGGCGGCACGUACAUCAACAUCAUCAACGCCUACCUCUUCACCGGCAGCUCCAACAACAUCAACCUCCGCCAACCUUUCCCCCCAGUCUACCCCAAGGCGGACCCUCGUGAUGCUCCCUACAGCGUGAGCGAGUCCAAGCUCCGCGCCGCCAUCUACAUUCCUCCAGGCUUCACCUACGGCCGCAAGCAGCCACUGCUCUUCUUGCCUGGAACUGGUGUUCGCUCGGGUCCAAGUUUCGCCUCGAAUAUGGGCAAGCUGUUCACCAACAGCCCCAUUGCUGAUCCAGUAUACGUCAACAUCCCCAAUGAUGUCUUGGGUGAUAUCCAGAUUGCGGCAGAGUACGUUGCGUAUGCCGUCAACUACAUCUCGGGCAUUUCUGGCAACCGCAAGGUCUCGACUCUCUCCUGGUCCGCUGGUUCCGUCUCCGGGCAGUGGGCGUUGAAGUACUGGUACUCCAACCGUGACAAGGUCAACGACAAGAUCGGCAUCUCAAGCGACUACCACGGCACCGUCUUCGCCAAGCUCCUCUGCCCUGGCUUCGAGACUCCCGGAUGCACUCCAGCCAUUGCUCAGCAAAACUACAACUCCACCUUCAUCCGCACUCUCCGCAACAACGGCGGUGACUCCACAUACGUCCCCACCACCAACGUCUACAGCAUCUUCGACGAGAUUGUGCAGCCACAAGCCGACCCCAACGCUUCGGCUUCCCUCAACGGCGCCACCAACGUCGAGCUCCAGUCCGUCUGCACCCCAGUCCUUCCCGGCGGCGCUUUCUACAACGAGCACGCUGGCGUCCUCUUCAACUCUCUCGCCUACAGCCUCGCCAUGGAUGCUUUGACCAACCCUGGAUCUGCCUCGCUUGCUCGUGUCAACGCUGAGCAGGCUUGCGCGCAGUUUGCGGCUCCUGGUAUUACUCUCCCUGACAUCUUCAACACAUACGCUCAGCUUCCGAUCGCGGCUUUGGCCAUUAUUGCGUACCAGCCCAAGGUUGCGGACGAGCCUCCAAUCAUGCCAUACGCGCAGAAGGAUAUUCCUGCCUAGAGAGGCAAAGAGGUGGAAAGGAACUGAGGUCCGAGAUCUUGGUCCGAGUCUGACGGUGUCCUUGCGAGUCCGCCUGACCAUUGGAGAGUCAAGAUCCUCAUGAAGUUAGUUGAUUAACGUCCGAAACGAUUUGAUGUGUCUCUGUCUCUUCAAAAGCAACUUCUCUGUACGAAAUGUCGCAUGUGAAGCUUCCCGUGGCGAAGGUCUCGUCUGUGAGCUUAGGAUGUUGCCAUCCGAGUGUGGGAAGUGCAGCCACCAGAACUGUGUCAGCCCUUCGCAGAGUGAGCACCGGUAUCGUCCAUUCCGCACCGCAUCGGCUCGCGUGUCCGAAUAGUCGUCUGAGCUCCGUGAGCUGUCGGAGAUCCAAGCCCUUUCGAGCGAUCGCGAGUCGUUCAGGAGUGAGGAAGCUGACGUCGAUACUUUCAUCCGCACUCACCUUGUCCCUGAAGACAC